GAAUACCUUCAGUGUGUGUAUGCAAAUGGUGACUGGUACACUGUAGCAUAGCCUGUUCCGCUCUGAGUACUCUGUAGGAGUAGGUAGUUUAAGUGUGAGAGAAGGUGUGUGCAACAAUCUCUUUGCCUGUAUCACGAACUACUCUGUACGUCUGGGAGAGAACAGUGCAUGUAUCUCCCUGGCUCAGCAUUCUGUCAGCAUCUGUAGCAUCCUCAGUCUGUUGCUAGGGCAACUGAGUCCAAGUCCACUGCCAGUCUGGGGUCAUAUGUUCAGAGAGGAAUACCUGGAAGAAGAUGAGGAACCACCUUUGCUGCUCAGCUCUUGUCCUUCUCACGGUGUUUUGCUCUGGAGGGACUGUAGCCGUGCAGUGUCCCUGGGGGGAGGGGUGUGUGUGUCUGCGGUGCCCCAGUGGCCAGGAGCCAAUCAAGGCUUGCGGGCAGGUCAAGGGACCAGGCGAGGUGGUGCAAUGUCAGUCUUGUCCAGCAGGCACGUUUUCAGACGGCUAUGACUCUGAUCAAUGUCGCCCACACUCCUCCUGCGGGGUCCUCAACAAAAUGGCUGUGACCUCUGGUACAUCACACUCUAAUGCUGUCUGCGGAGACUGCCUGUCUGGGUUCCACCCCACUGCUGGGAGGUCAGCCUCCACCCUGGUCUGUGUGAGAGCUCCCCCUUAUCUCUCCCCAGCCCCCCCGGCCCAGUCUACCCACGUGCGUGCGGUGCGUACGGUAGGUAAGGGUUUGGCGGGAAGUGGCGGCCUGUCGGUGAACGGUACGGCAGUGCGGAACCCGGAGGAGAAGAGUACAGAGUAUGCCGUGUUCGUCCUGGUGCCAAUCUUCUGUGUGAUGGGACUCCUGGGGAUCCUCAUCUGUAAUAUCCUCAAGAAGAAAGGAUACCACUGCACUGCUGAGAAGGAGGGAGGAGACGAGGAGAAUGCCACACCACAGAAAGAGGGUAACGGUUGUCCCUACAUCGUAGAUGACCCUAAUGAAGACACCAUCAGUGUUCUGGUACGCCUCAUCACAGAGAAGAAAGAGAAUGCUGCUGCCCUGGAGGAGCUGCUAUUGGAGUACGAGAGUAAACAGAUGGACAUCAGCAAAGCCUCCGCAAUCAAGUUUCCGGUGCUGUCUCCUCUGACUCAGUUCCUCUCCCUGCCCAGACUGUGUCCUCACCAGUCUCACCUCCACACCAUCUCUGGUCUGUCUGGCCUGUCUGGCCCCCGACACGGCUACUGCUGCUCCCGCUGUGCCCAGAAGAAAUGGCCUCCCAUCCUCCUCGGCCCCCUCAAACCACCACAGUCCCUCCAGAAGACCCCUCUGGACCUCCAGUCCCUCCAGAAGACCCCUCUCCUGCCCCCCGUGGACACACACCACUCCCCCCCUAAGAUCUCCCAGACCCCCAGCCCUGGGUUAGAGUCACUCCCUAAGGGGGAGUGGAGGAUACCUGGGGAGGUGACCCGGUCUGUUGGGAGGUUUCAGGUGGCUCAGAUUCAGGAGCAGAGGCCUGGUUCCGUGGGGAUGACGUUCCGACCAGAGUCUAGUGACUCAGACUCAGUGGAAGACGCAUCUCUGCUGGGGGGGAACAAGUCAUCCUCGUCUUCAUCCUCAUCAGCUGCCAGGGGUACACAGGAGGUUAACAGCUAAACAUUUGCAGUGGUGAAUGCUGGGUAAAAAAUAACUCUACCUCGCUGAGCAAAGGAUGCGAUGGGAUUCCAAAACGGUGACCAGAGAGGUUGAUUUUCCUCUUUGUUGGGAUUUGGGAAGUUAGCCUGGGUGCUUGUUGGGAACUUAGCCUGGAUGCCAGACACAGGGAAACACUCAUAUUUAUAACACAAUCAACUUGUAUUUUAUCCUAUUGUUGAGCAAUAAUCCUCUGUCUUUAGUGGCAGGGAGGAGAAGAGAGAAGGAACAAACUAUUAAUUAACCCAGGCGUGUGGUUGUGCUUCCAUAAGACUCUGGACAGGUUGGAGGACCUUAACACUGUCUGCACUUGAUACUGCAAUACAGACACACACACACAUACACGAUAUGUCUACAUUCUCACACACACACACACACACACACGGUAGGUCUACAUUCACACAAACACACACACACAAUAACAAGUAUUAUAGAAAACA